ACUUCAGUACGUAAGAUUGAAUAUUAACAUAUGUUUUAACCUUCGCAAAUAGAAAUUACCAACGUGCAGAACAACGAUUUUUAUCGAUUUUUGAAUUUUGAUCAGUUCCAAAUUAAAAGAAUGGAUUGAUUGAACGGAGGAACAAAUUUUGUCGAAGUAAUCGACGGAUAAUCGGAUAUGGCAAAGCCAUCGUUCGAACACGACUAACGACUUGCAAUGACUUUUUACACGAAUAUUUCGCGAGUGUUUCGUUUCAACAAAUUUUUCAAGAGUCAGGGUGAAAAAUGGCAAGGCAGAAGAUACGUAGCCCCGAUACAGUUUUAUCGAUCGAUACCGAGAAGCGUUGUCAACAAUUUCGAGAGUUCGAAGCGAGCUGUUAAAACUAUUCUCAUUUUGUCCUACAAGCCUCAACAUCAAAUGCAAAUCUAUGGAAAUAACUUGUUGGUGAACAGCUCGGAAUACGAAAGUAUCCUCGGCUUGAUCUUAAUUGUCGCGAGAAUUUUCGUGAUUGGUUCUGUUCUAACAGGAUUGGCUAUCGUAUAUUUUGUCACACGUUUUACGCAUAGACACGUGUUUCCAAAGAUCCUUCGGAGAGGCAUCGAAUUUCUCGGGCCAAUUUUUAUAAAAUUCGGCCAAUGGGCGUCCACGAGGAAAGAUUUGUUUCCCAAAGAUGUUUGUCGUACGCUAUCGCAGUUGCAACAAAGCGCUUCCGCGCAUUCUUGGAUUUAUACGAAGCAAUUGCUUAAAGCUAUAUACGGCUCGAACUGGAGGGACAUAUUUGUGAAAUUCGAACACGAAAUGCCUAUCGGGUCAGGGUGUUGUGGUCAGGUAUACAAGGCAUGGGUGGAUCUGAAUGCUCGAGUGAAUGUAACACGAAAACCUCAAAUACCUGUGUUUAUUCAAAUUGUCGAAUAUUUGAAAUUUGGCUCGUUAAUCAAUCUCAUUGAGAAAAUGUUGAACAAUGAUGUCGAUGAACUAGAUGCGAACGGUGAUGCGUAUAUUAAUCGGAAGCUGCAGCCAGUAGCGGUGAAAAUUUUACAUCCUGGAAUUAAAGGGCAAUUAAGAAGAGAUCUUUUUAUAAUGAGAUGGAUUUGUAAAUGCGCGACAUAUAUCGUGCCGCAAUUGCAAUGGCUCAGUCUUACCGACUGCAUCGACGAGUUUUCACAGAUAAUGGAAGAUCAAGUCGACAUGAAUUUGGAAGCACAGAAUUUGCUUCAAUUUUCAAAAAAUUUCUCUAAGAAAAAAGAUGUCAUAUUUCCACGGCCUUAUACAGAGUUUACUCAGUGUGAAGUUCUCGUGGAAAGUUUUCACGAAGGAUCUCCAAUUUCCGAUUAUCUUGACGGUCACGAUACGAAGUUGCAAGGGAAACUAGCUAAGAUAGGAAUUAAAACGAUUUUGAAAAUGGUAUUUAAGGACAAUUUUAUUCAUUGUGACUUGCAUCCUGGUAAUAUUUUGGUACAAACAAAUUGCGAACCAACUGGAAAAAUUAGCACUUGGUUUCGGAAGUUUAUUUCUUUCUUACCAACUUAUCCACGUAUAGUCAUACUCGAUUGCGGUUUAGUAGUGUCUCUAAAUGAUCGUUGUCGACGAAAUCUUAAAGAUGUCUUUCGAUCGGUGCUUAUGGGAAAUGGUGAAUUGGCAGCGGAACAUAUUCUGAAACAUAGUUCAUGCGUAUCCUCGGACCCAGAAGGUUUCAAAAGUGCAAUGAAAGACAUCGUAAAUUCACAUCUUCAAAGUAGAAUUAAUGUGAGUGUGAGUACCGUUGUGACUGAAUUGUUUUCCGCGAUGGUUCGGCAUCGAGUGAAGCAGGACGGGACCUUCAGCAGCGUGAUUCUCAGUAUGGUAGUGAUCGAAGGCCUGGGUCGCAGUCUAGAUCCGAAUAUCGACAUCUUUACGGAAGUUGUACCGUUCAUUUUUACAAAUAUAGUAACGAACAACGAUUAAAUUGUAAAACGUGAUCAAAUAAUCGAAACGAGUUGGGAAAGCAGUAACAAUAAAUGUGUUGUCAAGAUUGUGACAAUCUAAUCCUGAAAGAACUUGCUAUUUUGCAAUUGUAAAAUGUGUUUAACGUUCGCACUGUUUCGUUUCUGAAGGAAUCGCACAUAAAGGAGCGUGUUGCAAAAAAAAUGCUACUAAAAAAGAAUUUGGAAGAAAUUUGUUUUAUGGAAUACACUGUGCAACAAUUUUCUUUCCCGAAUAACAUCUCGUAUGAAAAAAUCCCUGUUUUACUAGUGUGUCAUUAUACCGAGAGGAAUUUCAAUUUUGAAACAGACUACACAGAAAUUGCGUGUAAUCGCAACGGACAGAAUUCCGGCGAGUGACCAGUUGCCCGUGAUCACUUCCUGGUUGGUCGACUACCUUUGGUACAACGAUAUACCACCUGUACGUGUGUAUACAUGUACAUACAUAUUAUGUGAGUAAAUGUCCUGUAGCAAUGCACGCUUCGGAUUAUUCUUUUGUACUUUGUAUUUCAUAUGUAUCCUAUAC